CAAAUUUCAUGCAUUGUAAUGUUUGAGUCAUCACCUGUUGAUGGGACAGCUUGGCACCGGCAUAAAACAAUUUCAUGCAUAAAUACAUAUGUGAUCAUCUUGGGACAUAGCUGAGCAAUUUGUUCGAGAUGUCGGUGCUGGCUCCUGUAGACUUCAACUCGGUCAAAAGGCUCACAAAUUUAAACGAAAUUAAUCGCGCCCUCCAUGAGACAGUCGCACGAGAGAGGAGCAUCGAGGCAGAAUUGGAGCAGCUGCUGUCCAAAAGAGCUGAGAUCGAGAAGGGAUUUGUCAAUCUGCAUGACUCAGCGUCAGAUGUCCUGGAGAGCCUCCUGUCAGAUGCGCAGCAGCUUGCAGCGAGCGUACACAGCACGUCAGAGCUGUCAGAGGGUGUGAGCUUCAAAGUGCGCGAGCUGGACACAGCUCAGUCGCGCAUUGAUGACACCCUGCAGAGGAUCAGCAUUGUGGUGGAUCGCUCAAACGCUGUUGAGGGCAUCCGUGCCGCGCUGGAAGUUGGGGACUACGAGACAGCAGCAGAGCAUGUCAGCAAGUACCUCGAGCUGGAGAGGCGCUUUGGCACCAUGGCAGAUGAGGUUGAGAACCGGCAGCUCCAGGAUCAGCGGCGGGAAGCCAAAGUGAGGUUGCGGCAGGAGAUACAAACAAGGCUUGACGAAGCAAAGCAGAAGGGCGAUCACAAGGCUGUGCUGCGCUUCACCAGGCUCUUUGCUCCCCUGGGCCUGCAGGCAAGUGAGGGGCUGCAGGCUUUCCUGGUGUACCUGAGGGAUCUCAUUUCUAGGAGGGCAGAGGAGGAUUACACGUCGCUGGUGGAAGGCGGAGAACAAGCAGAGAGCGAGUACGUGGGCACGCUGACCAACUUGUUCAAGGAUGUUGCCGUGGCUGUGGACGAGAACGAGCAGUUUGUCUCUGGAACCUUUGGGCCCGAGGCAGCAGUGGAGGCGAUCUUAGGCCUCCAGCAGCUGUGCGACCAGCAUGGAACCAAGAUCAUGCAGCGCUACAUCAAGUUUAGGCGGCUGCAGCAGCUGAUGGGCGAGAUCGGCACUCUUAGUGUUGCCAAGCGCACUAGCGCCCCCGCGCAGGCCUCCCUCGCCGUCGACCCCCGCCAGAUAGAGGGGUAUUUGGAGGAGAUGCUGCUGCUGUGCCAGCGCAGCGAGGAGUACAACCAGUUCAUGCUCGCCAAGCUCACGGCCGCCGCCGCCGGCUCUGGCUCCCCCAAGGCCGAUGCCGCGUCGCUGGAGAACAGCUUCCGCAGCGGCCAGUUCAACGUCACCGUGCGCGAACUCAUCGCCUACUACAUCAACCUGGAGGAGUUCUAUCUGGAGGAGAACGUGGGCAAGGCAAUUGCGAUCGACGAGUGGAGCGCGGACGCUCUCACGACGAGCAUGGUGGACGACGUGUUCUUCAUCCUGCAGAAGUGCGGUCGCCGCGCGCUAGCGACCGGCAACCUGCAGUGCCUUUGCGCCAUCCUGGGCCAGAUCAACAACCUGCUCUCCAACUCCCUCCGCACCGCCCUUGAGCUCAACUGGAAGGUGCUGCUUUUGCAACAUGCACCCUGUUUUUUCGCGCCAACGGGCAACCCAGCCGAGUACGCUGCAGUGUUCAACAAUGCGGACGUCAGCGCCACGUAUGUGGGGAAGCUGCGCGAGGAGCUAGAGGAUUCGUCGUACCACUUCUUCGGGUCCAGCAACGAGCGCGAGCGCAUCAAGAGCGUGCUGGCCGACCUCUCCAAGACCUCCUCCGACUUUGCCCAUAUCACCGCCCGCGCCCUGGAGCAGCUGAGCACCGCCAUCGUGCCCCGCCUCAGGGCGAUGCUGGACGAGGCGGCGGGCGCGAGCUACGAGCUGAGUGAGGAGGAGUAUGCGCGCAACGAGGUGGAGGACACCUGGGUGCAGGCGCUGCUGGCCAUGCUCUGCGCCAUCCUGCAGUGGCUGCAGCCCUUCCUCACCCCCAACAACUACGACGCCCUCAAAUCUGACUGCGCUCUGCCUUUUGGGCAGGUGGUGGAGCGUGUUGAGGCGACGCUGCGGCUGAAGCCCUUCAACCAGCUGGGGGGCCUGCAGCUGGACAGAGACGUCAGAGCGCUCGUGGCCACCCUCUCCAACGUCACCCAGCGCACCGUACGAGACAAAUUCGCCAUACUCAACCAGAUGGGUACUCUGCUGAGCCUGGAGAGCGUGAGUGAGGUGAUGGAUUACUGGGGGCACAACGCAGGGCCCAUCACCUGGCGCCUGACUGAGGCGCAGGUCAAGGAAGUUCUGGGGCAGCGCACUGACUUUGAGCCGCACGAGAUCGCCGCGCUGGACCUGUGAGAUGUUUUCCUGACAGGGAUAUCUUUCCAACUUGGAAGUGAUAGCUUAGGUUGACUCUUGCUGGAGUCGUUGCCACAAGUUUCAAGAGAAGAUGGCGACGGGGUGUGAGGAUAACUGGCGAUGUGCAGCAUUGACAAAGAAUUGUUCUCUGAUCAGAGAGUUCAUGAAGUUUGCAAAUUCAGAACUGAUGUCAGCUGUGCUUAUGGACCGUGAGUAACUUCUGAUGUUGGUGACGCAGCAGAUUCCUAGAACAAAUCUGACUGUUGUCGACGUCAGACGUCCUUAUUGAUAGAACCAUCAGCAGAUAUGCAAAACAGGUAUGCGUGCGCGAACAGUUGCCGUGCAUGCAUGAAAGUAGCGCCGCAAGUGUGCAUAAUUAAAUUUCCGACUUUCCUUAC